AUGAUGACGCCCAUGGGGGAGAAGGUGCGCGCCCCGAAGCAGGGCGGCCUCGAGGUCGGCGCGACGGUCGCGACGCUGCUGCUGCUCGUCGCGACGUCGGUCUGGACCUUCCACGUACAAAAGAUGCCGAACUUUCAGAUCAAGCUCGACGUGGCCUGGACGAUCACGGACCUCGGCCAGACCGUCGGCGGCGGGUCCUACGUGCUCGUCCGCAAGUACGGCGUCUGGAAGCUGUCGUGCCAGCUCUGGAAGCACGGCGGCCGGGCGCUCGGCGCGCUCAUGUACGCCCUGAGCUGCGUCUGGCCCCACGUGAAGCUGCUGCUCGUCGCGGCGCUCGUCGUCCGGGCGCGGCUCUACCGGACCUUCGACAAGCGGUUCCACGCGCUCACGUUCCUCGGCCGCGCGGCCUUUGUGGACGUGGCCUGCAUCAUCAUCUUCGUCGCCGUCGGCCGCUUCGCGGGCCGCGUCGAGGUGAAGCCCUUCGUCUACGAGUCGACGCCGGAGAUGCACUUUUCGCUAAACUUCGCGGGCCGGCCCGCGCGGGGCGUGCUCGCCUACUGCCUCACGGUCAUCGUCGGCCAGGCGCUGACGCACGGCGUGCUCGUCGUCCUGGAGGCGUGCGCGACGGGCGACGAGUGCGAGAUCGAAGACGACCCGGCCUUCCUCGAGGACGACGCGUCCGACGACGACGACGGACAGUUCAUCCCGAAAAAGACGAAGACGGCGAUUCGCGACCCCCACCCCUGCGUGAGCUUCGUCGACGACGACGACGACGGCGAGCUCGACGUCGCGCGCACGGUCUUCGUCCUCGCCGUCGCGGGCCUGGGCUUCGCGGCGUUGGGCUAUUCCCUGCGCCUGAGCGCGGCGCCGACGAUCAUGUCCUACUCCUUCCGGUCCGACGUCAACGUCCGCCUCCGCGACGUCUACGACUACGACUGGCUGCCGCCCGAGCUCAAGGACCAGAUCCUGCUGCACUUCGACAAGCACAACGACCACGACUUUAGCACCUGGGACAUCAUCGCGGCGGCGCGACUGCGGCGCCCAUUCAUGUGUCAUGUCGACCGGACGUUCGACGGCGUGCCCCCGAAGCGGCCGAGCAGCACGUUCCUGUUCCAGCUGGCGCACUUCUUCGUCGUCGUGGCGCCCCUCGCGCGCGUCGCGUGCCUCGGCGCGGCCUGCGUCGUGCCGUCGCGCGUCGCGCGCGUCGUGCUGCGCGGCGUCGUCGACGUCGUCUCGAUCUUCGUCGCCGCGGACGCGUUCCUGCUGGCGCUCGGCGUGACCAUCGUCGACCUGCGGUCCAUGCUGUACGAGUUCACCAACCAGCAACUUCCCGUAUCUCUCGAGGACUCGCUCACCGUCGACAUCCACGCGAAGACGGCCUGGUUCUUCGCGCUCUUCGCGCUCGUCGUCGGCGAGUCCGUCGUCUCCUACCGCGUCGCGCGGCCCUUCGUCGACGCGAUGAUCCGCGGCGACUGGCGACAUCACGACAAGCACGAGCCGACGGAGGCGACGCCCCUGCUCCCGCCGUCGUCGGCCGUGACGAAGACGGACCAGCGGGCCUUCCGAAAGGUCGUCGCGGCGCGGUCGAGGAACGCGCGCGCGGCCGCGUUCUCGAGGCAGCAGCGCGCGACGCCGCGGCAGGGCAUGGCCAGCAACACGGGCGCGACGCCCUCCGGGCCGCAGCGCAUCAUGCGCCAGCGGUGCGGGCCCUUGACGCCCUUGCGCGCCGCGGGCGCCCGCUGCGCGUCGAGGAGCGUGCACUCGCUCUGGACGUGCGCCAGCUCGUGCGUGCCGUUGCCGCCGACGACGGCGUAG